AUGGUGACGUCAGGUCCCAAUGUGCUUCCGGUUUCCACUACUCAGGCUCCAAUCGUAACCGCGGUGGGCGAAUCGCAACCACCAGCCGUGCGUGCAUUGGUGAACCGCGUAACGGAAACGGUCCGUGAUGGUCUAUCUCGUAGCCGUCCGUGGUCGGAGCUCCUCGAUCGAUCCGCCUUCACCAAACCGGACUCCCUUUCCGAGGCGGCGACGCGAUUCCGGAAGAAUGCAUCAUACUUUAGGGUGAAUUACGUCUGUAUCGUCGCUCUAAUCCUCGGUUUCUCUCUUCUCGCCCAUCCAUUCUCUCUCGUCCUCCUCCUAUGCCUCGCCGCUUCCUGGCUCUUCCUCUACCUUUUCCGUCCAGCCGAUCGUCCCCUUAUCCUAUUCGGCCGAUCCUUCUCCGACAGCGAAACUCUCGUUGGUCUUACCCUCUCCACCGCUGCCGUGGUCUUCCUCACCAGCGUCAUAUCUGUACUGAUCUCCGCUCUCAUGAUCGGAGUAGCAACGGUCUGCGUCCAUGGCGCCUUCAGAGCUCCCGAUGAUCUCUUCCUCGCUGAGCAAGAUCCUGCCGCCGUCGGAAUCCUCUCAUUUAUUGGUGUCCCCACGACCUCAUCCAUACCCUCCUCAGCGCCUUCCCCCGUAUAA